AUGAGCGCAAAAGGUAAAUGUAAAGCAACAACCAUUCAUUCGGUUAACGACUUGAGUACUUCAAGUCCGGUGCAAAAACACAUGAUCGCACCGGCAAAUCUGGUGCAUUCCAGUCUGGGUUACAUUUGCAUAAUUGUGCAAAAACGCAUGGAAAUUAGAAAUAAGCAGGCGGCGCGCUUCAUCAGACUUGCGCCAGAUAGCUGCAACAUGCAGGAUGUAGUUCGAUUUAUACCAGAUGCUAAAAUGCAAGUAAUUCGAAACACAUUUCCGUUCGCGCCUUACGCGCCGAUCUACGACUCACAGUGA